CCCCCGGCCCCAGGCUCCUCGAAGUCCGUGUGUCGGCCGUUCCGUGUCGGGGGUUACACGGUGGGCGUGGUACAGCCCAGGUUGCUGCCCUUACUGCGUGCCCACCCUGAGGUGUUUCAGCUGACCGAUGGCACCCCGGGACACGUGGGGUUCAGUGACCACCUUGUCACCUUUGAGCAGCGAUCCAGGGCGUUGGAGGACGUCCUCAGGCACUGGAGGGAGCGGGAGCUGUUCGACUGUCUGAAGAAGUGGAGGAAUGAGAAAUACCCAGUGAUGUCGAGUUUCUCUGAUCCCCCUCUGCUGAACAUUGAGAGGUCUGCUGUCGGUCUAUUUGGGAUUAAAAGCUACGGGGUCCACGUCAACGGCUUUGUGUGCCAUGAGGAUGGCACAAUGUCGAUGUGGAUUGGACGGCGGACACACAGCAAGGAGACUUACCCCGGCCGGCUGGAUAACCUGGUAAAUCACAGCCUCCUGCCUGCGUUCCACUAUCCUCCCUCACCAUCCCCUCCCUCCCGUCUAACAGCCGGUCCUUACGAAUCAGCUUCUGACGGGCAGACAGUGAGCUGGGCCGUUUGGCCAGUCAAGUCCUCUGGCUACCCGUUUCAAACGCUUACACACAUUUUAGAAACCAAACCAAACCAAACCAAACAGAAACAGAAACAAGUGCAAGAAUUUGCAACCCUGCAUGUGGAAGGAGUUCAUCCUGCUCAGGAGUUGCAGGACACCUUCAGUCCACAACCUGCUCCCGACCAUCGCCUUCUGCUCGAAAUCCCUGGAGGAGGACUGGAGGGCCGGUCCUCCGUCUUCCCACUUUGCACUGGGCAGGGCGAGCAAGCGCAGUGGCGUGUCCCGCCGAAGGACUACAUUUCCCAUGAGGCCCCACGCCAACGGAACACCCCACCGGAGGAAGGCGCCAAGUUCGAGCGGCGGCCAUUUUGGAGGCUGCCCAUUGACCAUUCACAUAAAUUACUGAGAAAUAAACAAAAGCCUUUGCACAUCUUGUUCCAACAGGCAGCCAUUUGCCCCCCCCACCCCCCACCCCGAGCCUUUUAUAGAGAAACAGGAGGCCAUUCGGCCCCUCCUCCAGCCUGUUACACAGCAACAGGAGGCCGUAACAGGCUUCAGAACGAGGGUAAACCAGACCUGGGCUCGUGGGGGAGAGAGGGGGGUCCGGGGAAUGUCCGCUCCUGGUACCGCCCGGACCCACUCCAUCGUUGUUGCCUCGUCCCAUGUUUUAACGAUUCCUCUCUCUCCCUCCCCCCUCAAUGGGGGAACGGCAGCUACACCUACGAGGACGAGGCGGGAGUCUUCCCCGAGUGUCAGUUCGUGUACGACCUGGAGGUCCCCGCUGGGUUUGAGCCGACGGUGGGCGACGGGGAAGUGCUGGAGUUCUACCUCUGGCCCCUGGAUCAGGUGAGAGAGACCCUCGCAGGUCCCGAGUUCAAACCAAACUGCGCGAUGGUCGCACUGGACUUCCUCAUCAGACGCGGGAUCCUGCAUGCCGAUAACGAAAGACAUUACCACCAGUUCGUCGAGGGGCUCCACAGGGAACUCUGAGCUGUGCAGGAGCCACCCUAACGCACCGUGGAGUGUUUGGAAAUUCAGCCAUCCUUCAGCGCAUGCGGUUCUACAAUUUUAUAGAUUUUUGAGUCAAUCGUAAACACAAGCGGGAGAGAGAGAGCGUAUGUAGGAUCCUGUGAGCCGACGCAUUCUCCCUCUGUGGCAGGGGACUCUGUGUCAGCCUACCACCCACUGACCACUCCAUCGACCACCUCCUGAAGGGACUGGGGUCGAUUGGAGCCAGACCAGGGGUGGGGGAGGGGGUGCAGUCUGGUCUCGCGAG